AUGUUUUAUAUUUGUGUGUCUAUACUAAAAUAAAUACUUAUUGAAAAUAAUAAAAUAAACAAAUAAAGCAUCAUGGGUUGUGAUGGUGGAACUAUACCUCGUCGCGAUGAACUUGUUCGCAUGAAAAAGAAGCCAGAACAGAAAGACAAGGAUGCGGAGCGUUCGUUCAAGUGGCGUAACUGCGCGUUAUCACAACAACGGCUUCAAGAACCAGUGGUGGCGUGUGGACUUGGUCGUCUUUACAGCAAAAGUUCUAUUUUAGAGGCAUUGCUCGACAAAGAAACUAAACCAGAAUCUAUAAGCCAUAUAAAAAAUCUCAAGGACAUAAAGGAUUUAAAACUCAAUAAAAACCCAGCAUAUGUGGAGACUGAGCAUACCGAAGGUGCUGUAGGUGAUGGUAGUGCACCUUACAUCUGCCCCAUCAGUGGGCUGGAGAUGACCGGAAAGUUCCGCUUUAUUUUACUCUGGAGUUGUGGCUGUGUGCUCGCUGAGAGAGCCUUAAAGGAGGUCAAGCAGAAUCUCUGUCAUAUGUGCCAGGAACCCUUCUCAGAUAACGAUGUUAUCGUAAUAAAUGGCAAUGAAGAAGACAUUGAGCUGUUAAAAACAAAGAUGGCGGUGCGUGUUGCCAGCAGGAAGAGCAGUAAAAAGUUGAAAGCAGAAAAAUCUAAGGAAAUUGAAAUUAAAACCGAACCUGUAACAGAUGAACCUUGCACUUCUGGAUCUCAACAACCAAAUGGAAACAUUGUCAAGGAAGAAUCUGUGCCUGGCUCAAGCCAAGCAGUAAAGAAGGAAAUUGAUACAAUACCUUUGUCUCUACCAAAGUUCAACCCCAAUAAGCAACCCAGAGGUCACUUUGGAUCAUCAAAGCGCGCUCACCCGACAGAACUUGUACAGGACCCAUCAUAUAAGAAAACUAAGAAGGAUUACAGUGUCGCCAAAGACCCACAAACCAGUGAAGUCUAUAAAUCUCUGUUCACUUCGCAUAAAAGUGACAAAGAUCAAGAGAGAGCCCAUUGGGUUACAUAUAACCCUUUUUAUAAUUAAUAAAAAUGAAAUAUAAUUAGUACAAGUUGUAUUAUAAUAAAUAAAAUUUAAG